AUGAAUUCCAUUUAUGAUUGUUUGAAGUCUGUGGAGAACUCAUUGAAUUCAGCCACUGGAGAUGGAGAUUAUUUACUUGAGGCUUAUGCUGAUGUGAUCUCUGAAUUGUCUGAAAAGCUUGUAGAAUGUUUUUCCCAACUUUCGAGCAAAUCAUUUGGUGAUAUUGAUGCACAGAUACAGGAUAUGAAAGUACCACCAGUCAAGAUAGAAUUCCAAGACAAUGAGGAUACAGCACAGGUCGAUAGUCAGCAUCAGACGGGAGAAUGCAAUGGAGAAUUAUUGACUGGUGAUGCAACUGGGUGUACAUCAUGCGAUUUGUUAAUAAAAGAGAAGCAGCAAUUUGAGGAAAAGAUAAAGUUAUUAGAAUCUCAACUAGAUGAAAAGACGCAACAGCUAGAAGAGAAGAUCAACUCUUUAGAUAUUAUAGAUGAAGAGAAACAACAACUUGAAGAGAAGAUCAAAUUACUAGAAACUCAACAUUAUGAGGAAAAGACUCAACUUGAAGAGAAUGUAAAGGUGUUGGAAUCUCAACUAGAUGAAGAGAAACAUCAGCUUGAAGAGAAGAUCAGAUCAUUCGAAGCAUUGAAUCAAGAAAAAGUCAAGUCUUUGGAAGCAAAGCUCAACUUAAUCAAGAGAAGGAGCAGCAUGAAGAAAAAGUCAAGUCGUUGA